GCCCAGGACACGGCAGCCUCGUGCUGGAUACCGAAGGCCAGCAGCAGUGACAGCACCGAUCACAACGCCAAGGUGGCGGCAGCCGCGGUUGGCCACCAAGACGACGAGAUGCACAGUCAGGGCGACGCCACCAACAGCAGGCGUGCGGGCAAGGUCAGCAGGAGAAGCAGCGUGGGAGUCUUGCUGGACGCCAGCCACCCACAGGGCGUGAGCCCCGUGCACGUCGCCGCCGCAGCUGGGCGUGCUGACGUGAUCGAGCGCCUCAUGCUGAUUGGGUGCGACCCAAAUCAGCGGUCCUGGAUUGACUUGCCGCUCUCUGAGGCGCUACAGGGCGCCUUGUCAGGCGACUGCGUGGCCAACAUCAAAGGCCUGAGCACUGGCAGCAGCGGCGACAGCCACGCAAGUGGCCGUUUCAGCAUGAUCAGCAGCGAUGGCAGUGGGCGAGGCUGCGGAGCAUUCCCAGGAUCAGUGGAAACUCAGCCGGUGCCAUGCCCGCUGCUGCUGCCGGCAGACGCACUGCAUGGUGACGCGCUGCUGAGCGGCGGGGUGCCGCUCGCCGCCGGGGUUACGCCUCUCCAGGUGGCAGCUGCAGCUGGCCAUGUAGCAGCUGUUGAGGCACUUCUAUGCGCCUCUGGGACAGACGUCAACUCGCGCACUGCCCAGGGUCUCACCGCACUGCACCUGGCUGCACAUUUCGGUCACGCAG